GGAAAUAAAACCCGUUUUUCCUCAAGCCCUUUCUGUUUAGCUCCCCAGAAUAACGGUCACGAAGCAGACCUAGUGGUCGGAGGAUGCGAGUGUGCUGCUAGCAUAACUUCUUGUUAGCACUCGUUUAUUUAACGCUCUGAGGUGUAACUAACACUUUGUGGGACUCUCGGUUCCUCUAAACUGUGAAGUGUCGGGCUUAUAGUCCGUGUGCUGUUAGACAUUAAAAGUAUCGACCACUUGGGGUCUGGUUCUGAAGGUCAUACAUGUAUGCGUUUCCACCGACGUGGUGGAAAGUUUAUCAAAUAACCGAGUCUCUUUGUUGUUAUAGUGUCAGUAACCAUGUCCUAUGGUUUCACCUGUAAUUUUGCAUGCUCGGUUUAGGAUACUAGGGGCUAUGUUCAUAAUGUAUUCAUUAUUUCGACAGCAUGUUGUCAACAGAACAAAGCGAAACAGAGCUUUCGAUAUGACUUAAAACUGUUUCCCGGUCUGAACCGGUCUAGAAGAACCAGGGACAUUAUUUCUGUCAUCUGUGAAGAGAAAAUGGAAGCAAAAGAUGUGACGCUCUGUUGAGUUAGACUGUUAAGGUGGUGCUAGAAGCUGAUUUGUUUUCACGUCUAGUUUAUAACAAGGGGUGCUUCAGUUGCGUUUACAUUUUAAUUUGGAUUCAACCUCAAUCAACAAUUGAUUACAGUAAGUGUGAUUGGUUAGUCUGAGUUCAACUGAGCAGUAGUUGUUUGGGGAUGCUCAUUAAACACACAAAUUUUAAUGUCCUAACUAUUCCAUAACUCUCUGAUUUGAUGUUUAUGAAUGCUAACAUAUGAAUCACACUUUUUUGUUUUUAUUUUUUAGAUAAAACAAACAAAGACAUUGACUAGAGAGGGCUUUUUUUCAUCUGUGGCUCUUCAAUUUAAUGGAAACCAUCCUCAAUGUGUCACGAGGCGCAAUGGAUGAAGAGGAGCAGUUUGUGAAUAUCGAUCUGAAUGACGACAAUAUCUGCAGCGUCUGCAAAUUAGAGACUGAAACGGGGACCCUGUCCUUCUGCCAUGUCUGCUUUGAACUCAGCAUCGAGGGUAAGAAACGCAACUGGAGAAGAGGAAGCGUCUCCUCAGCCUCCUUGUUGCACUCAAAGUCGCUGCGUGGCCACAGAGACUGCUUUGAGAAAUGCCACCUCAUUGCCAAUCAGAAGCUGUCCCAUUCCAAGGUCUCCAGAAGUGCCUAUGAGGGUAUGAAGCUGGCCCUCAGCCAGAAGCUGAACCGCAUCAUCCAGUUUGCCCAGAACAAAGACUCGCUCUCCUCCAGCGGCUGCACCAGACGGGGAGCAAAGCUCCUUUGUUACAGCCAGCAGGGCGAGCGCAAGCUGCUGCCCCAGUCUGACGCCCAGGUGCCCCGCUACGCCCCCUGCUGGGACAGGGCCAGGGCAACUGGGCUGCCGGCGUACGCAGCAGGGAUGCUGGAGAGUCAAACAACCGAGGAGGUGGAGCUGCUGCGCGAGUCGCAGGCCGACAGUUGGAGCAGGGACGGACGGAAGGAUCUGCACAGCUGGAAGCAGUCAUCAGGACAGAAGCGGCACAGAAACCAGGGGCACAGCAGAGACGAAUUGACUAAAAUGAGUGUGGAUGAGCUCCAUCAGCUGAACAGCCAACUGCUGAAGCAGAUUGAAAAGGUCUUUGAGGAGCUGACAGCCGCCGUGCAGGAGAAGGACGCCUUGGCGUCAGAGCUGCACGUCCGUCACGUCGCCAUCGAGCAGCUCUUUAAAAACUGCACCAAACUGCCCUGGCUGCACAUCAGCAGGGCCGGCGUGAAGGCCAGCACCAGCGGAGCCGCCGUGGAAUGAAGGGCUGGAAGACGGCAGCAGCCCCAAAGGUGGACUCUCUGAAGAUGAUGAUGAUGAUGAUGAUGAAGUGGACUGCCUCAGCAUUGAGGAAGCGUCUGGAUUCCACUAGACAUUUACACUAUGCCGCCAAUGGGCCACCGGCUCUGCAUCCGCACAAGUUAUCAAGGGCUCGGUUGUUUUGCGGGCGCAGAAACGAUGCGAGAGUUUUCAGUGCUUGGCUUGUUGCGGCUUGAAUUGCAGCCUGCUGAUUACCCAGGAUGCAUGUUGAGAACAGCGAGUUCCAGCGUAGAACUGGAAGGGAACAUCUGUGUUUUAACGUGCCGCACAUUCUUAAGGAAAAACGUUUUUUGUUUGAAUUGACUUAAUAUUUGCUGGUGAUUUUCUUUUACUGUGAGUUUUAUUUUGUACGCUGUUCGAUAAUUAAUCAAUUUCAUUGUGCUCGACACGAUUUUACCUUCGUUCUCUCGAACAAAGUAGCUACGGACAUUCAGUUUUUUAGUAUUUCUUCAAUUCGUUUUCAGUUAAGAUAUGAGAAUCAGUAUUUUGAUCUUUGGAAAAUGAAAGUAUUCUAUUCAGUCAAGCUUCCUAGCUGCACAAUAAUUACCUAAAACAGGUAAUGAAAUGGGAUGUGAGAUUGUCCUGAAACUGCUCUGUUUGGAUAUGAAAACUGACUGUCUGACAUCAGCAAACCACUGCUUGUCCAUUCAUAUUUCUUUAUAGUUAAGUACUAUCAUAAAUUAUGGAGAAAAAAUGGUCAUAAAAUAAUCUAAUAGUUACUUUCUGAAAGCUUUAUUUUCUACCAUAUGUCCAUUUAUCGUCACUCUGGUCCUUGUUUGGGUCAGAUGAUUAUGGUCCUAGAUCUAAGCAGAAGUAAUUUAAAAAUGACUUAUAGUCAACCUUGAGGAAAUUAGUUAUUAUGAGUAACUUUACACCUAAAAGUACUCCAAAAGAUUCCAAAAGCAUCAAAUCUCCACCGAUUCGGAGUUUGGGAACGACGUACAUACUAGACUUCUGUUAAUUUGGUUUCUAAUUAUGUUUUAAUCAUGACUUUUUACACUCUGUUGCCUAAGGAGACGUGUUAUAUGAAACUUCCCCUCAGUCUGUGUCCAGUCUGUUACUUCUGGUGUAGUUUCCCAUUACAUAUAAAGCAGUGUGAUGUCUAUCGUGUAGCUAUCAAGCACAAAGCACCAUGGAUGGUUAUACACUUAUUCAAAAAACCUGGAGCUUCUGAAAAGCAAAUCCAGUUGCAAUACCAAAGUCUGUUCUGCAUUUUAUUUCUAAAAAAAAAUAGAAGAAAUAAAACACCAUAUGAUGAUGAUGCAACACCAAACAGAUUUGAUUACCCAUGUGACUUAUCCUUACUUGUUUUCAUGUGUUCAGGGUGUACUUUAUUGAUUCGUUCUCAAGUUGCUUUCUUUCUCUCCUGUUUAAAUGUGUCGGAGCAAAGUGUCCACAUAGCAAUACAAACAGGGCAGUUUGGUCUUCAGUGCCUGUGGAUGUCCCUAACAUUUAAACAAAGGAAGACAAAGGUAUACGAAUCCUAUGCAAGCUACAGACUAAAAUACAUACGGCCUUAUCGAGAGAGUAUUGGUUUGACUUUUCUUCAGAGGGCGAGGUCGCCGAUUUUAAGUUUCUAAGCUUGAUGUGUAGAAAAACUAAGCUUUAUGUGUAUUUUGCUCUCUUUGUAAGAGAUUAGAUGUUUUUGACCCUUUUUAGGGUCUAAAGAAAAGGUUUUAGCUCAGUUUUAAGCUCUUUUUUUUCAUGGGUUUUAUUUUAGACGGUUAUUUGCUGUCUACUUGAGUGCGUUUUUGUUUGUUUUUUGUUUUUUUAGCCUUUAAAAUUUUUUUUUGUACAUUUGUUUUUGGAGUUGCUUUGGUGUGCUGUUAGAACAUGUCUGGGCCUUUCUUCCUACUCUGUGGGAGAACCAGUCUCAUCUUACUGUGGUUCCAUUAUCUCCAACUGAUCAUGGAGGUAUAUAUGUUACACUUCUACAUUAGUUGUAGCCUGACUGUUCUUUUCCUUACAUUUUUUGAAUUUGUUUUUGUUCAUGGCUGAAUCUGUCUUUGAUGUAUUUGCAUUAUAUUUAUUGUGUGUGGAAAUAAUUUGUUUUUUGAAUUGUGCUUAAAUGACUUGUUUUUCCAAUAAAAAUAAAAUUGCAGGUAUUUUUACAUUA